AUGUGGCCAACACGGGGUCAUAUGAAACGGUUAGUUAAAAGUGUCGUUCCUUGUAUUGUUUGUUUCUUUCAGGAUGCUGUAUUAGACUGUGUGGUGGCAUGGAAAAACAUCCAUAAGACGCUUUACGUACUCUUUUGCUUCUUCACCGGACGAAGUCAUCUUGCCUAUCCCCACCCUUUGGUGCAGCUCCGAAAGAAAAAGGCGGAAUUGGCGUUGCAUCGAAGCCGCAGUACAAAUCCUACCGUAUCCCAUGCUUCAUCAAGCAGCUGUACAACGCUAGAGAGGUUGGGGUCGUCUUGGGAUGAUGCUUCACCGAGAGAAAGUAGCGGCAAGGAGGGCAAUUCUCUGUUGAUGGGGCGAAAACCCGCGUUAUCGAUGGCCGAAGGAGAUACCGCGGAGAAUGAGUGUUGGAUUCAACGUCAUGUUCGGCGUGGUCACAAGGGUGAACUCUCUGAGCGGGUACUGAAGACACGUGCGUCACCCCUUGUCUCGCCGGCGUAUCAUCUUUGUCACUCCGAAAGCUUGCACCGCCUUGUGAGCAAUAUUAUUGGUCCCAUUCAACAACCGACAGUUUCGGCGUUACCAACGAGACACACCGCACCCCAGUGGCCACCACAUUCAUCGGGCCGCUCCCUUGCACGACACGAUGGCCGCGGGGAUGAUUUUUCCAUCACCACUGAUGAAUACAGUAGCACUACCAGUAGUCAGUGCCACCCGUUGCGUAGUGUUGGCGUUCAGUCCAACACGACCUCUGGCUCUGUGGAUGCUAGAAGUAAUAGCAGCUUCCGGGCUGUCCCUUCUGUUGUAUAUCGACGGGAAAGUAGCAAACAGGUGCAGUUUGAUCGCUCAAAGGGGUCAAGAAUGCCGCUGCAGCCCAUUGCCUCCAUCACAUCCCAUCACGUGCUUUCGUACCAAGCCACGCGUCAGAAAGUACUGAUAAUGGAUCUUGACGAGACACUCUGCUUUGUAUCUACAAAAAGUACCUCCUCCUGUUCUCCCCCGACUUUUUCGGAGGUCAUUCCGACCGCCUCUGGAGCGGAACUCUUUUACGUUUGGGAAAGGCCCCACGUACGUUUAUUCAUUGGAACUUUGGCGAAGCUGUUUAAUCUUGCCCUUUUUACUUCCGCCACGAAGCCGUAUGCGGAUUCUAUUCUUCGUCGACUGGACCCGGAACGCCUCAUUAGGCGUCGCUACUACCGUCAUCAUUGCAGACAGAUCCCACGAUCUGCGUGUGGAGUGUCGCCCGGAGGGCGUAGCUUGGCUGAAAGUGUGGGAUCUUCCACUAAAACGGCUGCGCAGAAUGUGACAAGUUUGACGGGACAACCAGAGAGAAGUUGUGGAACAGCCGCCAACGAUGUUGUGGCUGGUCGCAUGGGUGACACUGUUCCGCCUUCUUGUGUUCACGAGGGCGCCAGAAAAUCUGAUGGAGGUGAGGGUGUGAGUGGCACGGUACUUGUGAAGGAUCUCAGGAUCUUAAAAGUACCACCAGAGUUAAUGAUUAUGGUGGACAACACGGAGGAAAGUGUUUUGGCCAACCGAGAGAAUGCCCUUGUUGUACCCCCCUUUUUUCCACCCGCAGUCAUGGGUACAGGAGACAAUGCUGCAAGCGAUGAUGUUUUGUUAUCUCUCAUUCCCUUGUUGGAGGCCCUGCUGGUUGUUCCGGAUGUGCGUUCUGUACUGCGACACGGGCGAGUUUAUUGGCCGAACUUAAAUGAAAAAUGA